CAGGCGCGGGCGCCACGUGGUUCGCGCAGGACCCCUUCCAUUCCCAUCAUGCUGCUCCAGAGCUGCUGGGCUGUGCUGCUCCUCUGUGCCACUGCCGGGUUUUUGGGGUGGCUGGGCCUUGCUGCCCCCCCAGAGAAGGCGGAGCUCUGGGAGAACUGGAUGAGGCUGGCGCUGGAUGAGACUCCCAUGGUGCAGCUCAUGCAGGACAUCACCCACCGGAUGGGGAAUGUGAGCAGCCGUGGAGCUGCAGAGCCCCGGGAAGGACCCCAGGUUGUCUUAUCCAACCUCCAUCAGGAGCAGGAAAGGACUCAGGAUGUUCAUCCCCAACCAGAGAGCAUCCUGGUCCUUCAGGAGGUGAUGGAGAAGCUGCGGAGGGUCAACCAGAGCUUGGCGCUGAUGCUGACGGCCUUGGAAGAUGCACAAAGCCAGCUGGAAAAGCACCUGGAGCGCCUCAAAGCUGUCCCUGACCUGGAUGGUCAGAGCCGAAGUGCCACCUCCUUGUGCGUCCCACACGGCUCAUACUUCCUGCUCCUCUUUCUCCCCCUGGUGCCGGCGUCACUCCGGGCCAUCCUUCUCCUCCUCUUCCUCGCUUCCAGCGCCCUCGGCAUCCCAGCAACCUCCACCCUCCUGGUCCUUGCUGUGGCAGGGCAUUGGCUGGUGGCAUCCCUCUGCCGUGGAAGGAUCUGGACAGCGGUUCCCCGGGAAGAGCCCCGGUACCGGCUCACCUCCACCCCGAAGAGGGAAUGCGAUAUGGAGCUGCUGCAAGAGGAGCUGGACAGGAUGGACAUGAGCUGCCUGCAAGGUGACACUGGAGCCGGUCGUGGAUGCUGGGAAGCUCUGGGAGCCCAAAACCUGCAGCCCGAGGGCCAAGAGGUGCCUGUGCCACAUCCACACCACCGGCAGUAGCUUGGCCAUGGAUUCAUCCCCCCAUUUUUGACCCUCUACCCCCUCCCCAGAGGGGUUUUAACCUUUUUUAUGGCCAUUCCAGAUCCUGGUGGAGAACACGUGUAUCCUAAGGAUGCCACUGGAUGUGGCUACGGGGCAGAUGUUAAUUAUCCCACCAGUUUUAUGCCAUUUGCAUAUAUUUUAAUAAAUGCCACAUUUACA